GACCGAGCUAAAUCGUUCUACACUUCUAUGAGAACGUUCCUCGACAAUACCAACACCUAUGAUAAUAAAAAGCUUAAGCAUAAAAUAUGUAUGUAUUUGUCAUAAGUUAUAAGAACCUUUUUUGUUAGUUCAUUGUACACGUGACAACCCACAUCGACGGCCCACAGUUUGUUUCUCCCACGGAAGCACCCAAUACGCAAUUUAUCCUCUACAUCGAUUCAGUGUUCUUCAUGAGAGCGUUUGCAAAAUCAAGCGAUGGCGUUGACAUUAUUAAGUUUAAUACUUUGCGUUUGAGAAACGAGUCCGUGACAAUGUCGGAAGUAAAGCCAGAUGCUGAAGGCAGAGACAAUAUUAAAUACGUAGAAUUAAGAUGGACGCCUUCAAAGGAUGAUAUUGGUCACCAUCUUAUUUGUCUUACAGUUACCGAUUCAACUGAACUUACCUCCAAUGAAAGACGAUGUUUCAAAAUACAAGUGAAAGACCGACUUUUGGGAGAAUGGCAGACUUCAGGUAUAUUACGUACAAGGGAUCCUUAUUUCUUGGAGUUUCCAAACGGCAGUUUUUCAUGUCCAAAAUACGUGUAUUGUACCAUACCACUGUUUGUAGAUUCUGAAAGGGGAUUAAAAGAUAUCAUCAUAACACGAAAUUACCUGAAUUCAGCCACACUGACAUUUCCUCGUAACCUUACUCAUAACGGAACAAUGCUUUACACAUCGGAUCUUACAUUUCGUAAUUUCUCAAUAGGAGUUGGACCUAUCUGCCUUCAAGCAACGGACUUAGACGGGUACACAAGCAGGGAAAUCUGCAUAAAUGUGCAUGUCUUUCCUCCGGAUCCAUGUUUAUCCAGUCCUUGCAUUGAGGGUACAUGUGAGCCAGACAACGACGAUUCGGGACUUUUUAAAUGCAUUUGUCCAGAACAUUAUUUCGGACGAUUAUGUUCUGAACUCAAUCAAGUCUGCACUGUUGGCAUAUGCAAUCAUGGCCAAUGUAUACCAUUUGGCGACAAAUACGCAUGUUAUUGUACUGACGACGACAUCAAUGAAAACAAAUACAUGUACCCAAACUGUUUGAACAAGACGAAUACCUGCCGACCAAAUACAUGCGUCUCGAAUGAAUUGUGUGUCGAUGGCAUCUCAAAAUUUACCUGCAUGAAGAUUCCAUCGCAAACAACUUCUAGCUGUUCCAGUUGUGCAGUUGCUGAUUCAUGCUCUUCUCCAUGCAAUAACGGCGGCAUCUGCAAAGGUGGAGCAUGUAUAUGCAGACUUGGAUUUUCAGCAGACAAUUGUUCGCACGUUCCGCCCGGGAGUGCCCUUGACCUUCAAAACGAAGUACAAUUUGUGGAUCCAACUCCGGGACCCGGUAGUAGAAUCGUCUGCUAUUCACAACAUAAGGAAAUCAAAAGCUGCACUGUUGACGUAUAUAUAGCAACAAAAGCAAGUACAAUGCCGACUACAACCAUCCACCCGUCCCAAGAACUUGAAACAUCUUCAAACGUAGUAUGUUCCGCCGAGAACGAUACCUAUUUUGGUUUCACCAAUGUUUACAAAUGUUUCGUUGAUGUAAUUGGAAAAGUGCUGGAUGUGACCGGGCGACAUCUUUGUGUAAAAGCUUCAUCUAGCGGCGCUUCUGAAACAAUAUGCUGGGACUUGGUGUUUAUCCACGAUGAUCCAAAUGCGAAAGAUGCCGUGGUACGUUUUGUGAUACCAACACCGUUACCAGGUAGCAGUUUUACCUGUACCACCAGCAAACCGUGUCGAAUGCUCCUUUACACAUCCUACAAUAAUUCUUGCCAACAGGUCCAGUCCACUUCAUUGGGUGUUACAGUGUUCGACACUAUGGAAAGAGCACAAACAUGCGUGACAGAGGUUGCCUUUCAGUUCGAACAUGAUGGAAACCACGAUAUUUGUUUUUUAUCUGCAUCAAUCGGCUAUCAGGCACGUUGCUUUAGCGUGACAGUGAUGCAUUCAGCUGUUAAUGACGUUUGUUCUGAUACAACAUGUCACAACGAUGGCGCAUGUAUCACAAAAAGUCCAGACAAAUACAAGUGCAUCUGCAAAGAAGGGUUCACAGGAGUUAAAUGCGAACAAGGACCGUGUUUAGAUAGAGAUAAUACGUGUACGCAUAAUGGAACCUGCUUUGUGAACAACCACGCGAUAACUUGUGUCUGUGAAGAAGGCACCAGCGGGGAUAUGUGCGAGAGCGUUUUAACCAGCGCAUCCGAAAUUGCUCUUACGGGUCGGUCACCAGUAUUUACGGGCACAUCAGCAAUCAAAACUAUCAGUUGCAACAAGAACAGAGAAUGCGGAUUUUCUGCUUUAGUUGUAGGAAUCAGCGCUGGCAAUAUGAGGCAGAUAGUGAAAGGACGCGUUAGUUCAACACUUUCCAACAUCGAGAUAAGAAUUGAAGCACUACCUUUUAGACCUGAUUUCCACCAGGCAGUUAUAUCUUUCAUUCCAACCGAGGUGGGCGUGUUUGAUAUGUGUAUACUGACCGUCAAUGCCAGUGGAACAAAUCAAGAUGAACUGUGUUUGGAAGUUGAUGUUGAGGAAGGCGCUAUGUCCCAAUAUGGUGCUAAGGAUAUGCCUCACUUUGUAUCACCGAGUCUCCCUCUGGAUUCAAAAAUUGAAUGCGAGUUCAAAACAGUUUGCCACGUUACCUUCACAGCGCAUCCUGGUCUCCAGCAUGAAUUUGAAUGUAUCAAGCCAUCUUUAUUGCGCUCGAACUUUGUGAACACACACAUUUUUUCCACGUGCUCUUCCUGUAUUGACGGAAGCAAUACGAACGCAUCUUGUACGUUAGACGUGGCAUUUAGACCUUCUGUUCAGAAUAAAACAGACAGCAAAGUUUGCAUUGUGCUGAUAAGAAAAAGAACCGGUGUUUCUGGUGAAGACAGGUGCUUCACGGUUACUGUAAGAAAUACAUCAAAAACAAAAGACAUGAUCGGCUGUCAACUGCUGCAAUGUGCUAACGGCGGUUUCUGCGAUGGGCAUGAUCCUGUAAAUCCCUGUGUGUUUCUGCAAACAAGGAUAUGGUGGACCAACUUGUGCUACAUCUAUCCCGAUCAAUCCACCCAUAAGUAAUACGACAUCCUUCGUCGGAACCAACGGUGGAUUGCCGACAGGGAUUCAGUGCCGCCUGCUGGAAACGUGUUUGUUCAAGUUUCAAGUGUGUGGAAGCUCAGCUUUAAAAUUCCAAAUUGGCCUAACAACGCCAUAUUUGGAAGUUGGGGAACCGGUUAUAGAUCAAUUCUCUGGACAGCAAUGUGCCCUCGGAACAGUUAAUGUCACAUCAUCAGAGCUGGGGACACAUCGAUUCUGUAUUCAACAUGUACAAAGUGGCGGGUUAGUUGAUGACGAACUCUGUCCAACAAUACGCAUUACAGGAGGAGCCUCCUCGCCGAUUGACCAGAGUAAACCCCACUUCCUGUCUCCGACAUUUGAAAGCGGAUCUACCCUGGCGUGCACCAAAGGCGAAGAUCUGCAUUUGAAGCCGUUCUACACUAAUGGAAACAGUUUCGGGUCUUUUAAAGACUGUCCUACGCUGACGGAGAGCAGCCAACAACCGGUAGACGGAGUAUACAUAUUUCCUGCUGAAUUUUUAGCCAAUAUCUGUUCAAGUGACAUUGUCUACAAGGUACCAUCUGCAGCCGCGGCUGGUUCAGAGUCCAAACUCUGCAUCAAAGUCUCUGUCCCCGG